GACGUCAUGCAUCACGUGACUUCCAAUCCACACCACGUGACCUCCAAUAAAACUCCAUGGCGGCGCACUGUUCUGUAGGACUUGCAACAGGAUCAGGACUGGGUGGUUUCCUGCGAAGAGUUAGCUUUUUAAGAAGCUGUGGUCCCCCCACAGCCGUACUGUGUCAGCAACAUCGCCGCUUCUUUUGGAGGAAGUGGAAAAGUUGUCACAGUGUAGUUCGCCCAGCUACUGUUAGACCAGCUUAUGCAGUACCCAAGCACAUUGUGCGGCCUGACUAUGUAGGGGACCAGCUGACCCCAGAAUGGCCAGACUACAUAGAGAUCAAAGACCAAGAGCAGAUCCAAGGCCUUGGCAGAGCAUGUCAGCUAGCCAGACAUGUACUGCUGCUGGCUGGACGCAGUCUGAAGGUAGGUAUGACCACAGAGGAAAUAGACUUUAUCGUGCACCAGGAGACCAUCAAGCACAACGCAUACCCCUCCCCUCUCAGGUACGGGGGCUUCCCCAAGUCAGUGUGUACAUCUGUGAACAACGUGGUCUGCCAUGGCAUACCUGACAGCCGGCAGCUUCAGGACGGAGAUAUCAUCAACGUUGAUGUCACUGUGUAUUUGGAUCGUUACCAUGGUGACACCUCAGAGACCUUCUUGAUCGGCCAGGUGGAUGAGGUUGGGCAGCGAUUGGUGGAAGCAGCCAGGCGCUGCCGAGAUGAGGCCAUCGCUGCCUGCAAGCCGGGCGCCCCGCUAUGUGUAAUAGGAAACACUAUCAGUGAAGUUGCUCACGCCAGUGGCUUCCAAGUGUGUCCCUAUUUCAUUGGACAUGGGAUAGGUUCCUACUUCCACUGCCAUCCUGAGAUCUGGCAUCACGCCAAUGACAACCCAUCGACCAUGGACGAAGGGAUGUCUUUCACAAUAGAGCCCAUACUGAUGGAGGGGUCUGCAGAGUUUAGAAUCCUGAAGGACAAGUGGACCGCAGUGUCUGCCGACGAUAAAAGGUCGGCUCAGUUUGAACACACGGUGGUCAUCACAUCUGACGGAGUGGAUGUUCUCACCAAACUGCCAGAAGAGAGCUCUCUGUGCCCUGAAGGAAAUCUAGCUGCCGACCCCCACAUCAACCGUUAGAAGUCUCUUUUCCUCAAAAAGGAUCCAAACUUCCUGAGACACCAAGACAUUGUUACAAGGACUUGAAUGGUGAUUCACAGAGACAGUGUGUAAUUUCUACCUGUUAAGUGAAAUGGAAAUACAUUUUUUUAUUUUGCUUAUAAAUAUUAACUAGGGGUUACACAUACAUUUGUCUAGUGUGUAUUCAGUUUGACUGAGGGGCUUUAUCACCCUUGAUUGAAACAUACAGAAAAAGUGGCUACUGGUACACCUAAAUACUUUAAUAAUUAAGUAGAGAUUGAUAAAUGCCAUGAGUGUUUCUAUUGUCAUUAUAAGAGAGCCAAAUAUUCUCCCAAUCCCAGUCUGUUCGCCCCCUAACCCAUCAGCAGCUGACUAUUUCAGCCAGGUUUUUUGAAGGAACACCCAGAUUUAGAAAUACUUUUUUCU